AUGGAGAAAUCAGGUGGUGGAAUAGGAGUAGUAUUGUCGGCGAAAGAGGCAUUUGAGAAGCUCGAGAAAGUUGGAGAAGGAACUUAUGGGAAGGUAUACAGAGCAAGAGAGAAAGCUACUGGGAAGAUCGUUGCUCUGAAGAAGACUCGUCUCCAUGAGGACGAUGAAGGUGUUCCUCCCACCACUCUUCGCGAGGUUUCAAUUUUGCGAAUGCUCUCCCGCGAUCCACAUGUUGUUAGGUUAUUGGAUGUGAAACAAGGUCAGAAUAAGGAAGGGAAAACUGUGCUCUACUUGGUUUUCGAGUACAUGGAUACUGAUCUCAAGAAAUUCAUCCGUUCGUUUCGCCAAACUGGCGAAAACAUCCCAUCCCCAACCAUCAAAAGCUUGAUGUACCAACUUUGCAAGGGUGUUGCUUUCUGCCAUGGCCAUGGAAUCUUGCACAGGGACUUGAAACCUCACAAUCUCUUGAUGGACCGGAAAACAAGUAUGCUCAAAAUUGCUGAUCUUGGACUUGCCAGAGCGUUUACUGUGCCACUUAAGAAGUACACUCAUGAGAUUCUAACUCUGUGGUACAGAGCACCUGAAGUUCUUUUGGGGGCUACCCAUUACUCAAUGGCAGUGGAUAUAUGGUCUGUUGCGUGCAUAUUCGUUGAACUUGUCACCAAGCAAGCACUAUUUCCUGGUGAUUCUGAGCUGCAACAACUCCUCCAUAUAUUCAGACUGUUGGGGACUCCUAAUGAAGAGGUUUGGCCAGGUGUUAGUAAACUAAUGAACUGGCAUGAGUACCCUCAGUGGAGCCCUCAAAAUCUUGCAAAGGCUGUUCCCAAUUUGGACGAGUCUGGACUUGAUCUACUCUCUCAAAUGCUCAAGUAUGAACCUUCCAAGAGGAUUUCAGCAAAGAAAGCUAUGGAACACCCUUACUUUGAUGACCUGAACAAAACCAAUCUUUAG